AAGGCAGAGGCUUUAACCCACUCAGCCACCCAGACACCCCUAAAAAGGUUUUUUUAAGAACAUAAAUCUUUUGCAGCCCUUUGGCACCUAAACAGAUUUGAAAAGAAUCAGCUUAAGUUAGACAAUUGGUUUCAGUGUGUAAACACACCGAAAAAAUGACUGCAUUUCUCUGGUGUUUAAUUAUUCAUAGUCCAUAGAAUGCUAGUCUGGGAAGUGAUGUUUGAGAUCAUUUUCUAACCGAUUCUGUAAGUGGUGGUCCAGAGGGGCCAUGUGACUUGCAUUGGGUCAACUGUUAAAGUUGGUGGUACAGGUAGAAAGAGACCUGCUACUUUGCCCAUUUCCUUUCCAGCUGGUUAUACCCUCAAGUCUGACCCUUGCAGUAUGUUCUUAAUUUGUACUCUGCCAUGGAAUGGACUCAUACUUAGUACCUACAACUGUAAUGUUUCAUUUUAGGAUCUCCUUUUAUCAGCUUGUAUGUCCAUACAAGUAUACUGACUGGUGUCUUGAGUUAAAUUCUUACGGAAAUAGUUUGAGGGCGUUUGCUGUAUUAUCACAGUCAAGUUUUAAAAGCCCUGCUCUGCUGGACCUGGUCCCUAAUUUAAAACCACAGAGAAUCUGCAGCUCUGGUUUUCCGAGCUCCUAGAGUCCCGCGUGUCGGUUUUAGGGAUCCUGUAGGGCCCACCUGGAGAUGUUCCAAAAUUCAAGAGUCGCCGUGCUAUACUUUCAAAAUCAGAAGCAGAAAGCACCUACGCUAGAAGUGCGGCACAGGCGCUCCGGGUCGCUAGAGGGCCCGCCGGAGUUUUCGGCGGGCCGCCCCGGAAGUGCUGGGACUUCCGGUCCGCGUGCGGCGAAAUGGCGGACGUUGCUCGGCGGCACCUGCAGACCCUCAGCUCGCCUUUCCAAAGGAAAGGGGGACACGGCGGACGACUCGAAAGGAGUAUUUAAGAGCGGCUUCGCUUGCCACUUCUUCUGCCAGGACGUUUCUCUUGAAAGCAGAGCACACCUCUACUUUGGCUUGGCGGGAGGUCCCAGGUCUUGCACACAUUUAAGAAGUAAUGUUGCAAGAAAUACCAGCUCUAGGAGCAAAGGAAGAAUCACUGUCUCUCAAGCUCCUACCCAAGAAUACACCAUUGAAAUAUCAACCAUAGGAACCCUUUACCCCACAGGAGGGUUGAAUUUUGGUUCUCUGUAUGGAAGAGAUAUAUACCAGAUGCCCCAUUUUCCUAUGGUUUGGGAGAGGAAGACCCCAAAGAUGAAGUGCCAUUCUCAUCAUAUCAAGGGCAUAUGCUGUCCACUUAUUACUCUUGAGACGUAAAACAAUUUGUAAAAUGGAAAGGAGCAGAGAGGAUAUAAUAUGUGUAAUUUGAGUAUGCGGCAAAACUUCUACCAAGUUUGGAGACAGAAUUGGGUUUGUUCCCAGGGGAUAAGAGAAUGGUGACAAUCCACCAGGCUUCCGCACCUUGGUCUGAGCUGUCAAGAUGGAAAGGGCUGAAGGAUCCCCAUUCUGUGGAGAGAUGAGGGGUCUGUUCUGUCACAGUUCCAUGGGAGACGGAGCGUCCCCGGGCCAGGUGCUGUCCCAGCAGCAGCAGCUACACCAGUAGUGUAGCAAGAGGCAGAGCUGCUUUUACCCCGUGUUUCUCUUACAGCCCGAAUCACGUGGACUUUGUGAAUGGUAAAAACACAGCUGUCAGUGAUGUUACUGUCACUUUCCCAAACUUACUAUCAGUUGAAUUUCCGCUUCUUUUGCCUUCUCUAUUUGAAUACUUCUUCAUCUGCUCUACUGUUCACAAAUCUCUUCAAUUCCUGUCCUGUGUCCCAAUUUAGUUAAAUAUGAUAGAAAGUCUCUGUAAGUAGGAACUAUGUAUUAUUUUUAUAUUCACUUAUAUUCCAGAUUCUGUGCUUUAGGUACCUUUAUAAAGGGUAGAAUUUAAAUAGACGUUUGAGUCAGAUGUUCAUUCUGUUAGUUUUGUGAUAUGUUACGAUGUACAGACUAAAUAAAACAUCUGAUCUGACUGUCAUACAAGUGGUGUGUCCUGGGUUAAUCAAACAUGUUUGAGAGUUCUAAGUAAGUCUGUAUCCUGUCUUAUUGCUUUAGCAGCAGGGAAUAAAGUCUGUUUAUUAUUA